AUGUUUGCAAAUAGCUCUGCGUAUAUCUUUAGGUACUUGUUAGAGGGACAAGAGAACAUGCCUAGGUCCUUUUUUGACGACUACAUACUCCAGCAGCAACUAGGCACUGGACACUAUGCCAUUGUAAAGGAGGCGAGGGAUCGUACAACGGGCGAUAUAGUUGCUGUGAAGAUAUUUCAUCCCAAUAAGACUGGCGGUUCUGGGUCGGAGGAGGAAGAGACAAAGCUCCGACAAGAAAUGAACCUUUUGUUGUCGAUCAAUCAUCCGAACAUUGUAAAAUUCAUCUCUCAUUAUGUGGAACCUAUCAACGAAUAUUCGUCUACAACAUACUUGGUGCUUGAGAAGGUCAACAGUGGCGAACUUUUCCAGCGAAUCAUCAACAAGUCAAAGUUGGGUCAGGAAGAAACAAAGUCUCUCUACAGACAGCUUCUUGGCGGACUCAAAUACUUACACGAUAGCGACAUUAUCCAUCGUGAUAUUAAACCAGAGAACAUUUUGCUAGAUAUCUCUCCACGCACUAGCAGAGAUCAAAAGCAGACAGGCGCUUGGGAUGAGAACGAGUACGAUGUGCGAGUGAAAAUUGCGGAUUUCGGCUUAGCCAAAUUUAUCGGCGAACGGAAGUUCACCAAUACUCUCUGUGGAACACCAGCAUACGUUGCUCCCGAGGUCCUUAACAAUACUAGAAAUUACACGACGAAAGUGGACAUCUGGCUGGCCGGUGUUUUGCUUUACGUGUGCUUGUGCGGCUUUCCGCCUUUCAGUGACGAAUUGGCACCUCCGUCAAUGAGAGAGCAAAUUCUUGCUGGCAAGUAUGCGUUUUACUCACCAUACUGGGAUAAGAUCAGUGACAGCGCCCUAGACCUCAUUAGCAAGUUAUUAGUUACUGACCCCCAGAAGAGAUUUGACAUUCAGCAAGCGAUUGAUCACUUCUGGUUUGCUGAAGGUGGACAAGAAGAAUUUAACUACACAACCAGUGAGCAAGAGAGACCUCUUACAGAAUCUCAACCGAUUACUCUUCUGCAAAGGCAUACUUCGGAAAUACGAGAAAAGAAGGAGGAGGAUUGA